AUGUCUCCUCAGUCACAUAAUGAAUACGAUAUUAUUUUUGCCGGAGGUGGAACCACGGCUUGUAUAGUUGCUGGUCGUCUUGCUGCCGCAGACCCGAACCUAAGGAUCCUGAUCUUAGAGGCUGGCCCACAUACCAAAGAUGUUGAUAAACAUACGCAACCAGCUCGUUACCUGUCGAACAUAAAGACGCAGACCAAUAGUGAGACGACGUGGUUUCACAAGGCUGAACCCUCUCCUUAUCUCGACGGACGCGCGCUCGGCAUACACUGUGGACGAUGUGUCGGGGGUGGUUCCAAUGUUAACUUUAUGAUGUACACUCGAGCUUCUGUGUCGGACUAUGAUGAAUGGGAAAAGAAUCAUCACAAUCCCGGGUGGAGUUCCAAGGAUCUAAUUCCUUUAAUGAAAAAGUCCGAGACUUAUCAAGUUAAACCUGGCGAACCAACUCACGGAUAUUCGGGACCGUUGAAAGUCUCUUAUGGGGGCCUCUUCACCAAUGUUGGAAAACAAUGCCUCGAAGCCGCUCUCGGAUACGACAAAGGACGUGUUGCGGCAGAAGACAGCAACGACUUAUCUAACCCAAAUGGACUGAACAGAGAUGGGCGAAGUGAAUGGAUCGAUGGAGAAACAGGAAAGCGUUCCGAUACAGCACACUGCUACAUUUACAACCAAGAAGGCAACAAGAAUAUGCAUGUUCUCGCAGGGAAAGUGGUAAAACGAGUGGUUAUAGAGAACGGCCGUGCAGUGGGAGUGGAGUACACUGAUGAUCUUAUCACAAAUCCAGAUGGUGACCAAAUGACUCACCUUGCACGAGCUUCUCGUCUCGUCGUUGUUUCUGGUGGUGCAUUUGGCUCUCCGGCGAUUCUCGAGAGAUCUGGAAUAGGUGCCAAGGAAGUCUUAUAUAAGCACGGCGUAGAGCAAAUUGUGAAUCUCCCUUGUGUGGGUGAGAACUAUCAAGAUCACCCUGUUACGUUCCCUGUGUUCCUCGCAGGGAAUGACGCUCAAACUCUAGACUUGAUAUAUCGCGGCGAUGAAGAUUCCAUCACAACUCAAUGGAAAAGCAAGGGUAAUGGGAUUCUUGCUCACAAUGGAUAUGAUAUAGCUAUAAAACUCCGACCUAAUGCGGCAGAGCUGAAAGAGCUCGGCCCUGGGUUUGAAGCCCGAUGGAAAGCGAAUUUCGAGGAUAAGCCAGAUAAGCCAGCUGUCCUCAUAGUUCCUUGCUCCGGAUUCAUCGGGGACCAUAGUGACAUACCAAAGCGCGAGUAUAUAGGAGCAUGCUAUUAUAUCUGCUAUCCCUCUUCUAUUGGCCGCGUUCACAUCGGCUCUGGACAAGACCCCAAUGCGCCACCCGAAUUUCACUCUGGUUUCCUAGAAGACCCGCGCGACAUCGCAGCAUUCCGCCUCGCUUACAAGAAAGUGCGUGAGAUAGUACGGCGGAUCCCUCUUUAUCGUGGGGAAUACCAGCCUCGACAGCCUGUAUUUCCGGAAGGAAGCGCAGCAGCAUGUAAGGAGGUUGAGGGACCUGUUCCAAUCGAUGCUCCCGAUAUUGUAUACACUCCAGAGGAUGACAAGGCUAUUGAGAUGUUCCAUCGCCAGAUGGCUGGGAGUGCACGUCAUUCCCUGGGUACAUGUGCGAUGAAACCACGGGAAAAUGGAGGGGUAGUCGAUCCUCGGCUCAAUGUGUAUGGUGUAGAAAGACUGAAGGUAGUAGAUCUAUCAAUCGUUCCAUCUAAUAUCGCUUCGAAUACCUAUUCCACUGCGGUAGUAAUUGGAGAAAAGGCUGCUAUGCUCAUCGCCGAGGACCUGGGGAUUAAGGGUGUUUGA